AUGUACAAAGUUGCAGAUGAGGACACAGGUCCUGUGGCUCGACGACGACCCCAGAGAGGCCCUGUCCACACGCAUACCACAGAGAGGCCCUGUCCACACACAUACCCAGAGAGGCCCUGUCCACACACAGACUCCAGAGAGGCCCUGUCCACACACAGACCCCAGAGAGGCCCUGUUCACACACAGACCCCAGAGAGGCCCUGUCCACACACAGACCCCAGAGAGGCCCUGUCCACACACGGACCCCAGAGAGGCCCUGUCCACACACAGACCCCAGAGAGGCCCUGUCCACACACGGACCCCAGAGAGGCCCUGUCCACACAGACCCCAGAGAGGCCCUGUCCACACACAUACCCCAGAGAGGCCCUGUCCACACACAUACCCCAGAGAGGCCCUGUCCACACACAGACCCCAGAGAGGCCCUGUCCACACAGACCCCAGAGAGGCCCUGUCCACACAGACCCCAGAGAGGCCCUGCCCACACAGACCCCAGAGAGGCCCUGUCCACACACAGACCCCAGAGAGGCCCUGUCCACACAGACCCCAGAGAGGCCCUGUCCACACACAGACCCCAGAGAGGCCCUGUCCACACACAUACCCCAGAGAGGCCCUGUCCACACACAGACCCCAGAGAGGCCCUGUCCACACAGACCCCAGAGAGGCCCUGUCCACACAGACCCCAGAGAGGCCCUGUCCACACAGACCCCAGAGAGGCCCUGUCCACACAGACCCCAGAGAGGCCCUGUCCACACAGACCCCAGAGAGGCCCUGUCCACACACAGACCCCAGAGAGGCCCUGUCCACACACAGACUCCAGAGAGGCCCUGUCCACACACAGACCCCAGAGAGGCCCUGUCCACACACAGACCCCAGAGAGGCCCUGUCCACACACAGACCCCAGAGAGGCCCUGUCCACACACAGACCCCAGAGAGGCCCUGUCCACACACAGACCCCAGAGAGGCCCUGUCCACACACAGACCCCAGAGAGGCCCUGUCCACACACAGACCCCAGAGAGGCCCUGUCCACACACAGACCCCAGAGAGGCCCUGUCCACACACAGACCCCAGAGAGGCCCUGUCCACACACAGACCCCAGAGAGGCCCUGUCCACACACAGACCCCAGAGUGGCCCUGUCCACACAGACCCCAGAGAGGCCCUGUCCACACACAGACUCCAGAGAGGCCCUGUCCACACACAGACCCCAGAGAGGCCCUGUCCACACACAGACCCCAGAGAGGCCAUGUCCACACAGACCCCAGAGAGGCCCUGUCCACACAGACCCCAGAGAGGCCCUGUCCACACAGACCCCAGAGAGGCCCUGUCCACACAGACCCCAGAGAGGCCAUGUCCACACAGACCCCAGAGAGGCCCUGUCCACACACAGACCCCAGAGAGGCCCUGUCCACACAGACCCCAGAGAGGCCCUGUCCACACAGACCCCAGAGAGGCCCUGUCCACACAGACCCCAGAGAGGCCCUGUCCACACACAGACCCCAGAGAGGCCCUGUCCACACACAGACUCCAGAGAGGCCCUGUCCACACACAGACCCCAGAGAGGCCCUGUCCACACACAGACCCCAGAGAGGCCCUGUCCACACACAGACCCCAGAGAGGCCCUGUCCACACACAGACCCCAGAGAGGCCCUGUCCACACACAGACCCCAGAGAGGCCCUGUCCACACACAGACCCCAGAGAGGCCCUGUCCACACACAGACCCCAGAGAGGCCCUGUCCACACACAGACCCCAGAGAGGCCCUGUCCACACACAGACCCCAGAGAGGCCCUGUCCACACACAGACCCCAGAGAGGCCCUGUCCACACACAGACCCCAGAGUGGCCCUGUCCACACAGACCCCAGAGAGGCCCUGUCCACACACAGACUCCAGAGAGGCCCUGUCCACACACAGACCCCAGAGAGGCCCUGUCCACACACAGACCCCAGAGAGGCCAUGUCCACACAGACCCCAGAGAGGCCCUGUCCACACAGACCCCAGAGAGGCCCUGUCCACACAGACCCCAGAGAGGCCCUGUCCACACAGACCCCAGAGAGGCCAUGUCCACACAGACCCCAGAGAGGCCAUGUCCACACAGACUCCAGCCCCUGGUUACUUCCCCUAG